CAUGCCCAGGAGAAAGGCUGAAGGAGAUAAAGCCAAGGUGAAGGAUGAACCACAGAGAAGAUCCGCGAGGUUGUCUGCUAAACCUGCUCCUCCAAAGCCAAAGCCCGAGCCUAAAAAGGUCCCUGCAAAGAAGAGAGAGAAGGUAUCCAAAGGGAAAAAGGGAAAAGCUGAUGCAGGCAAGGAGGGGAAUAACUCUGCAGACAAGAGAGAUGCCAAAACAGACCAGGCACAGAAAGCUGAAGGUGCUGGAGAUGCCAAGUGGAGUGUGUGCCUUUUUGAUAAGUGUGUACUUCUGGUGACUGAGGAGAGAUUCCCUGAUUUUGCACAUACGUUCACCUUGGCACAAAAGCCUUGUGGAAAAUAUGAAACAAAUUUGCAGAAGAAAAUAGCAGAUAGCUUCCUCGAAGGCAAAUUUUCAUUCCAGUUUUACUAG